AUUCCUAGCCACUAUUCUCAGAUUAAAAGAUUCCACACACUAUUACUGUUCAACCAAAUUUCCAUGGCCUCCAAAGAUACACUAGUUCUAGAAGCUGAAACGGUGGUGGUGCCGCCACACGAAGCCAUGGCUGCAGAACAUAAAAAGGUGGAGUAUCCACCGGAGGUGAAAACUCCGGCGGCUUCUCCAUCUACUGAUUGCUUUGCUUUGGCUGACGUGGUGUUGAGGUUUUUACUGUUUGCUUCAGCAUUAGUGGCUGUUGUGGUUAUGGUCACCAGUAAGCAAACAGAAAAAUUUCCUAUUUUACCAUUUCCUCCAUUUCUGGUUGCUCUUCCUGCUAAGUUCACCCAUUCGCCAGCCUUCAUAUACUUUGUAGCAGCACUCUCAGUUGCAGGCUUGUACGGCAUAAUAACCACUCUCCUUUCCUUCUAUGCCCUCCUCAAGCCCGGUUGUUGUCCAACAGUCUUGUCUCAUUUCGUCAUUUUCGACGUGCUAUUGCUAGGAAUUGUGGCAGCUGCAACUGGAGCCGCAGGUGGAGUCGCUUAUAUAGGUUUGAAAGGCAAUUCUCAUGUUGGCUGGAAAAAAGUGUGUAAUGUGUACGACGAAUUCUGCAGGCAUCUCGGAGCUUCAAUUGCCGUCUCUUUGUUUGGCUCCAUCGUGCUUGUGUUGCUCGUUCUGCUCUCUGUCUACUCCCUCUCUAAGAAAAUUCCCAAGUAAAGGGUUAAAGCAACAUGAAUCGAAGCCAUUAUGGUAUGUUCACUGGGUUAACUAGACACUAUAAAACAAAAUCGAAGAAAAAAUUAAGUUGUAAUGUGCAGUGUUAUUUAGUACUGUGUACCAAAUAUACUAUGUCAAGUGGGGUAUCGGUGUCGUAUUGUGUGUGCAUAUGUAGAAGUGUGUAUUCCUGCAGUCAGUUUUUUACUUGGUCCAUCCUGCUUCUAUUUUGUUAAUAUGUUGAUGUAUCAUUUGCUUGAUUGAACCGAGCUUCAAUCAAAACCA